CUGUACAGUGCAAUACGGCAGCAAUCAAGUAUAUAAGAAGACUAUUACUUGAAUUGGUUUACAGAAGAUGAAAAUCCUGGUUAAAAUAGUGAUAUUCUGAGAUCCUGCAUACAGUACAACAAUGCCUCCUCCCGGUGUGUGUAUGAGUAUAAUGCAGGAGCGCCACAAGAAAGAGGGUGUUGGGAGUCUUACCAACCCAGAGAAACACAGCAACCAAGACUUCCAGCAGCUGACGCAAUACUGUUUGGCCAGGGGAGUGAGGUACAUCGAUGAGAUGUUCCCCCCAGACCAUAACUCCAUUGGUGAUGGUCUCCUUUCCCCUGAUGACAUGAGCAGAGUGGUGUGGUUGAGACCAGCGAAAAUGGUACAGUAUCCAGAUUUUAUUCUUGAUGGACUUUCAAGGUUUGACUUUGGGCAAGGAAUGGUUGGAGAUUGCUGGUUUCUUGCUUCCAUUGGGGCUUUGACGUUCCAGAAGGACAUCCUGGAACAAGUAGUACCCCUAAAGCAAAGCUUUAAAGAGGAUUACUGUGGAAUAUUCCACUUCAGGUUCUGGAGGUUUGGGAAGUGGGUGGACGUUGUGAUCGAUGACAAGCUACCAACAGUUGACGGCAGGCUCGUUUUCGUUCAUUCAAAAACUCCCAAUGAGUUUUGGCCCGCCUUGCUGGAGAAAGCCUAUGCCAAGGUGUGUGGCUCCUACGCAGACAUGAAUUUAGGGACCCCUGCAGAGGCUAUGAUGGACUUCACUGGAGGGGUUCACAUCACAUUCAAGCUCACCGACGCUCCAUCAACUCUGUGGGACCUCCUGUUCAGAGCUGUCCAAUCCAAGUCUCUGAUGGGGUGUAACACACCUCAAGAGGAAACAUCAGCGAACACGGUGACACCCAACGGAUUAGUGAGGGGUCAUGCCUACACCGUCACAGGAGUUAAACAGAUCAUGAGCAAAGGCAGGCCAGUGAAUCUGAUCCGCCUCUUCAACCCCUGGGGCCGGGGAGAGUGGAAGGGAGGCUGGAGCGAUAAGUCAUCCAUGUGGCAAACAGUGAGUCCUGACGAUCGGAAGAUGUGUCUGUCAGUGAAAGAGGAUGGGGAAUUCUGGAUGACAAUGGAAGACUUCUGUAGGCACUUCACAGAUGUGACUAUCUGCUGUAUGUGCCCUGAUUUUCUUGACGGCAACUCUAAAGGUCUUUGGACACACUCCUUACAUGAUGGCAGAUGGGUUGCAGGAACCACUGCUGGUGGUUGCAUGAAUUUCCCAGACAGUUUCUGGACAAAUCCCCAGUAUCGGGUGAAGAUUGAGAGAUUAGACAGGGACUGCUCUGAGACACAGGGGGACAACAAUAUGUUGGUAUCUCUGAUGCAGAAGCCUGACAAGAGAAACAGACGCCUGGUCAAAAUUCUCCACAUCGGCAUCAACAUCUUCGAGGUGCCUGCCCAAUUCAAAGGACAGAGGGGGAAGUUUCCUGCCGUCUUCUUCAGCAACAAUGUGCCUGUCGCCCAAUCGAAGAAGUACCUGAACGCUCGGACAGUGGUGCUGUUCUGCAGGCUGAAACCUGGUGAAUACCUGAUCGUGCCAUCAGCCUUCAACCCAAAUGAAACCGCCUCCUUCAUCCUGUCCAUCCUCUCCAAGGCAGAGACCCACAUCCAUGAAAAUUCAAUUGACCAGGAUACUGUGGAAAUCACAAAGCCCAUGCCUACCCACAAUAGAGCAGAUAUGGACAACAAACAAACUCUGUUUCGGCAAUAUUCUGAUCAGUUUGAGGAGGUGGACGCUGAACAGCUUCAGAGGAUUCUAAAUGAAACUCUCCUCCAAGGAAAUACAAAGAAAACACAAGGCUUCAGCUUGGAGUCCUGUCGCAGCAUGGUGGCAUUAAUGGAUACAUCAAUCACUGGAAAACUGAACAGUGCUGAAUUUCUACAUCUAUGGAGAAAAGUUACCGUGUACAAGGACAUCUUCUUACGUUCAGAUGUGAACCGUUCCGGAAUGUUGUCAUUGAGUCAACUGAGGAACGCAAUCAUGGCUUCAGGGGUCAGGCUGAGUGACAGUCUGCUGAACCUCAUUGCUCUGCGCUACGGUGGAUCUUCUGGUAACAUCAGCCUGGAGAGUUUCAUCAGCCUCGUUCUACGCGUGGACCGCAUGGCCAAAAUAUUCAGACAACUCAACGAGGGAGGGGCCAUAUCUCUUCGAGACAAUGAGUGGAUGUACAUCACUAUGUAUGCAUAAACUACAGACCAAAUAGGAUGGACAGAAGACCGUUAGAAUCGUAAAGUUUGAAAAAGUUCUACGGCGGUGCUUUGCUGGACAAAUCAAUACACUUCUUUGCGACAAUUUCAAGAGUAUUUCGUUGCACUUAAAAAACUUGAUAGAGUAUCUUGAUGAAUCCUACAGCAACUUCUUUCCACCAAAUCCUCACGCUUGUCUUUUCUUACAAGCACUGACUACUUUAAGGAAGAAAUGUACUCAGGCUGCUAUGACUGAUGUGUGUUUGUCUCACCUAGCCAUCGUAAGAUGGAUGCACUAACUGUAAGUUGCUUUGCUAAAUGACUAAAAGCUGUCAUCAAGGCAGAG